CUCAUCACGACUAAUAAGAAAUUUCUUUGCCUUGAACUGUAGCCAGGCAGUAUAUCAGUCUCGGCCAUCACCUUCAGGACAGCGUCAAUCUGUCCUCAGUCAACCAACAACAUCUGUUCCUGACUUUGGCACGGUUUUCUGUCACCACCCCGGCAGUCUCAUGAGACAUCUUUGUCUCUUAAGAGUUUGCGUUCGAAAAUUUCAACCCGACCAGGCCGCAAAUCAGCUCCGGCCGUGCCGUGCUUCAACCGUCAAAGCUGUCAAAACAAAGUGGUGCUCGGUCUUUUCGUAUCGAGUCCCACUUCCCAAACUCGCUCGAGCUGUCUCGCCCGUCGCCAGUGGUUAAGCUCCUUAGCGUCUCGUACGAGCAAGACCUAACCCACGCUCGGCGCGCUGUCACAGUCAACGAGAGCCCUGCUUCCGCCUGCUCCUAUCCUUCUUGGACGGCCGAGAAGCACGUUCUGUCACGGUCCAGGCCCGACCGCCUCACAACCUCUCAGAGAGGCAGGUGUACGGGAUCACCCUGCAGCCCGCCUGCUCCUUCGACGCGGUCUUUUUGAGGAUUGUGGUGCGGCAGUUUGAACGCAGACAGAGGCGUGGCCAACGCCUCGACACCAAGGCAUCUGGGAUCUUCCCAGUUGAUCUCUGGCUCAACUGACAAGCCACCCACUUUGCCCACUCUUCUCACCAGCACAGUUCACAAGCCUAUUCGUCAAGAACUCUUCACCGUGACCGAAUUCGCCAUCCCCACUUUCGGUACGCAGAGUUCACACGCGCUCCUUAGCGCUAAUCUCGAGUCUUUCCUGCGGGGAGGUGCCACUCGCUGAAGAACAUAUUCAACAGCGAAAUCCUCUUUUCAAGCCUUUUUCGCAUCCGCCGUUGUCUUUGGGCAAAGUUCAUUCAGCCCUUCAAAGAAAGUAGCGCGAUUAAAAGACGCUGCUAUCGAGACUGCCCCCACGGCCAACCUCGGGCUGAUCCUCCGGUAGCACAAGAAACCCGUGUCAGAGGGUUUUAGAUCCUGUUACAUCCCUCCGACACCUCCGGGAUCACUAUCUAUCAGCCCCCGAGCGAUUGCGAAAAUUGUUGCGCCUGGUAAUUUUCGGUCCGCUUCGACAAGCCAACUCGAAAGCCAAGCCUGGACCUUUGGCGUUGAAGCCCUAUCGAAGCCAACUAUUGUGUGGCCGAAGCGCCGACCACCUCACCUCUCCCCUAAAACGACCCGGCUUCACUGUGAGCUGGAUACCUGGUAAACACGCCGUCCAAAGCGCUCGAUUGAACCACACGAGCUUUCGGCAUGAUGGAGGACAACAGGGGCCAGAGGAGGCAGAACGAGCCGCCUAUUCAUGGCGCGCCCAACCCGCGCUACCACCAGUCGCUGCAUGACUCGACGCAGCAGCGGAGGUCUUUUGCUGGCGCGCAGGGGGAUAGGUACCGGGCUGCACCUCUUACAUCUUCGCCAUCAGGAGCGGCCAGAGGAAUGAGCGGUUCGGCUGGCUACAGCGGUUAUUAUCAAGAGCCCUCGGCGGCGGGAUUUCCCACGACCGCCAUGCCUCAGGGCGCGAUGAGUUAUCACCACGGACCGUCUGACUAUGGCCAGCCUGAUACACGGCAAACUCAAGGCUUCGCUAGCACUUACAAUCCAAAUGCUCUGAUGUAUAACGUACCCCAAGGCGCCGGGCCACAGAGCACCACGGUAUACGACACAAGCCAGCAGUUCCCUCAACGGCAACCGGCCACACUGCAAAUGAUGGCAACUGAUGUCACUGCCCCGUAUUUCUCCAGCGAGCCAACAAACACGGCGGCAGCAACUGCUUUGCAGGCGCAAACAGGACCUUCCAGCGCACAGGUAUAUGGGCAAUCUAGCAUGCCAGGUUACUCGUCUGGUGGGAUGACUGGUAUGGGAGGUAUGAAUGCGCAGGCUACCUCAACUUCCGACGUCAGGAUGGAGGACGAUUAUCCGGCGGGAGGAACCCUGGAUCACGCUUACGCGUCUUAUCAAACAGCAUUGAAGGAGAUAUUCCAAAACAUACAGAACGGUGUCCUGGCCACGGCUAGUGACUCGCUCAUCCGUGUCUCGGACUGGCUCUUGUCGCAUGUGGCAGACCUAGGACUGACCUCAGACGACCAGAGUUUACAUGGUGACAGAAUCAAGCUGUGGAACGACUUCAAUCAUGCUUGGUUGGGUAUGCUCCAGCGCCAGAAAGAAAUGACGGAAUCUGGCCAACAACCACAGCGCUCACAGAGCGUCAUCUCGGCAGAAGGAUUGAAAAAGAUGGGGAAGGAGCUUAUCAGAUUGUGCGACUCAAUUGAGCGCCAUGGUCUCGUCGACUACCAAUAUGGCGUCUGGGAGGAACAAAUCAUUGAAAUCCUGACGGAGUGCUUGAACGUCUACGAACCAACGGAGUCAUCCGGGGACGACAGUGUCGCCCCUGAUUCACAGCGCCGCUGAAGGUCAUGACUUGUGAUUCACGUUCCGUCCAAUCCGGUCAUUGGAAGGCGAACAUUUUGGCUCGACAUGGCUUUUUCUUCUUGGAAAGCAUUGCUAUCUCUUCUGGAUACCAGGCGUUACCAAUUGUCCUGCUGUGUUGGGUUUUUCUUUUUCAAGUGUCUCGUGCUCCAGCGCAAGGAGUUGGGAAGUUGCUUUUGGUCCCAAGACCCGGAGUUGGCUGGACGUUGUGUGUAUAAUUGGUGUGGCUUACGUAUCAAGGCAUGUUUCUCCCCAACUCGGUCCGGCGUUCAAAAGAAAAAAAAACAAGGGAUAGGGCGGUUUCUUGCUUUUGCACUAGGUCAUUGGAGAUUUUACGGUUCGGAUGAUGUGGGCGCAUACUACGGUUCUCGCGAGGCGGAUUGCGGAGAAUGCCUGGGGAAAUCUUGUCUUAUCUUGGCUUCUCUUUUCGAGGUCGUGAUGGAAUGACCCAUGUAUCUCUAGCUCCGUGUCGAGCUUGAUGUAUGGUUGGCAUAGUUUGGGCGAGAAGGGAUGAGGAACUUUGUGUGAUGACCUAUGACGGAUGCGGGGGGGCGGAGGCUUUACAUGAUCGAAGGCAUGUCUCAUCCAGAGACCCGAGAGUAUGGUGGUCCUUGACACAUUUCUCCCAUAUUCGGUAGGGUGGGAGACAGGAGACACGGCGGUUGGGUGGAUGGAGCUAUUGGGGAAACGUAUCGCUGGGUUAAGGCCAAACAUAGGAGAGUGGAAGCUUAGUCGGACGCCGAGUUCUGUGGAUCAGGACAGCCGAAACACCAAGCCGCACAGCUAGCUCACCUGGGUUCAACCCCAAGUUACCAGACCAGCAUCAACGCCAAUUUACUUUGACAUUGCAUUCCUCCGAGCAGGUUGUACAUAGCUCGAAUUAGCGGGUUUGGCGCUAUUAGGCAAUACCCCCCCGUCGAUGAUUUAUUUUAUAUAUAUUUGUUAUGGAAAGUACGUUGCAAGUUCAAUAGAAAUAAGAAAAGAGUUGGG